AUGGAAGGCUCAAAGAAAGGUGAAGGCAAGAAGAAAAUGGUAGGGUCCGGUUCGAAGUCGAUGGCUCAAGAUAAACGUGGUUCGGGUGGUUCUAGUGUCCCGUUUCAUCCCCACCUUGGGUUUGCGAAUCAAAGCCAACCUCCAUUUUAUUUUAACCAACCCAUGCAUCAACCUUUCGGUUAUGAUACCCAACCCAUCCAAAAUUGGAUGCAACACGGUCCGACGAUGACUCGACCCGGUUAUUAUGAUUACUCCCUAGAAGCCCAAAAUGCUUUUGACCCGUUUGCUUUUCAAACCCCAAGCUCACUAUCAUCGAGACCUUUUCAAACCCCAAGGUCACAAUCACCGAGAGACGUACAAGAUGACUCCGAUGAGGAGUUCGUGCCGGAAACCCAAGAACAAGAGUUAGAUGAGGAUGAAGAUGUUGCGGUUGAAGAAAAUCCUGUGAACGAACCCGCACCGGAAAGAAAAGGAAAAGCGAAACGGGAAACUUGGACGCCUAGACAAGAAGAGGCGUUGGCAAAGGCUUUUGUUCAUUGCACUUUGAAUAAAAAGAAAGGCAAUCAACAAAAGGCGGAUGGGUUUUGGAAGAAAGUUCUAAACCACUACAAUGAAACGGUCGGAGGAAGUAACCGAACCCACCACCAAGUUCUAUCAAAAUGGAUGACGAUGCAAACAAAAUUGAACACAUUCAACGGUCUAUAUCAUCAAGCGGAUCGUUUACGUCCUAGCGGGAAUGACGACGCUUAUGUAAUGAAGCAAGCGUUAAAGGAUUACAAAAGCAAAGAAAAAAUUGAUUUUGCUCAUAUUGCGGCUUGGGAGAUUGUUAGAACAAAUCAAAAGUGGUCGCCGGUACCUUUGUUGGGUGAAGAAAGCUCCGGCUCGGGUCAAAAAAGAAAGUCUUCGUAUUCGGGAAAUUAUAGACGAGGAUCACCGAAUAUCAAAAUCUCGAGCGGAUUCGGUAUUCCCGACAUAAACGAGGAUCCCUCGCCAAGACGACAAACGAGAAAGGAGAGAAAGGACAAAGGGCCGUCUUCAAGAAACGAAGAUCCAAGAGAUAUAACACACAAAUUCGAAGAGUACAAGGCCAUGAAAAAAGAGAUAAUGGAAAUUAAACGUAUACGGGAAGAAAAAUACUUGACCUUGGCGGAUGAACAACGAGAGGCGUUGCGACAAACAAUGUUCGACAAGGACUUGGAGACGUUUAAUCGGCCUACCGACAAUGUUCACCCUGCGAUGUUGGAAAUCACACUCGCUAGAAAACGUGAGAUCGCAAAAAAAUAUGGAUGGCCUUGUGAUUUUUAG